AUGCGUUUCUCAUUACGCCGAUUAGGUAUGGAAUGGGGGAGAAUUGGUCAUCAACGUGGCAAAGUCGAAUAUACACUUUCAGCAUAUGAACAAAAUCCAUAUGCUGGUGUUUUGGGUGAUGUAUCAUAUCGUUAUUAUUCUCGACUUUUAAAAACAAUUAUUACCAUAUGGGUACCUAAUAUGUUACUCGGAUAUUCAAUGUAUACAUGGGCUAAUUGGGAAUAUGAUCGUUGUGCUCGAAAAAUACCCAGUCAAUUUGCUGAUGAAAAACCACCUGGAGAAGGCGGCGAUGAAGAACAAUAG